CUGUCCGUGAAGACCGUGAAGACGGGAGCUCACCUUUUGAACGAGUGCUGGAUUAUUGCUAAUUUAUCUCUUAAAAUACUAUUGAAAAAAUAACAAAAAUGGACAUUUUACGUCCAAAAACGUUUCCUCUCUCAGAGGAAACAAUUCUGUGGUUUGAAUUCCUUUUGAAGCCUAAUUUGCUGACGAAACAUCUGACCAAAGUAUCUCCUGAUCCAUCUGCUACGGAACUGAUAACGCAGUUUCUUUCGAUUGCGCCAGAGAAUCAGAACCAAAAUGAACUUAACUCCCCAGAGGCGGAUAGCAUGAACAAGAACGAAGGACUCAAGUAUAGCAAAAAACAAUUGGCACUUAAAAUUUUGGCCCUUAAAAUAGCCGCCUUCAUGAGAUGGGAUCUGGAUGUGCUGGAAAAGGAGCUACCCUUGCAGAGACAAGUGCAACUACUAAGUGAUUUGUGCAGUGUUACUGCCGGAAAGGCAGUGAACCUCCCCCUUUCGUUGGUGCACGAAUGUCCGAUAAUCGGGCCAGAAGGCUCAAAGCAUUCGCUCAACUUUGCUCUCACUUUGUACCACCGUUGGGUGCUGCGUGCGCAAGUCAUUCGUGGGUCUGCUGCAAAGUCCAUGAAACCGUUCAACGUGGUGACGGGGGUUCCGGAUACAAGCCCCUACACCAUGAGGGACGAUUCGUUUAUCAAUUCGCUGGAACCGUUCACUAACAUUAGCAUCGAUUUCUUGAGUCAGGUUAUAGCUGAUCCGGAACCGUUUAGAAUUCUGACGUAUGAUUCUUUUGUUGCGCUAGAUGCACACGUCGAGGGUGUCCAGCAACGAUUCGAUACGGCCGUUGUGAUUUCCAAAGAAGAACUGAAGGCCCAGAUACAUUAUGACCUAUGUUUGCUCUAUUUGUACGUCCAGAAGUAUGAAUUGGCCAAACAAAACAUCCUUCUGAGUAAAGAAAAUUAUGAGCUGCUGAAGAUUGAGUACAGUAAGAAAUCCUCGCAAACUUUCUUGUACUGUAGUGUGGACGAGGAACAACUUUACGGAUAUAUGCUGGCAUGCGGCGUAACUGGAGAACCGAUAGGCUUAUUGCAGCGUUUGAAUGAGUCGGUGUUCAAUCAUUAUUCGGACAUUGUUGCUAUCCUAAAAGAGGAUAACAUCGCACGGGAAAUCCCCAUGACUCAGAGGAAAAUUCUAGAGUUGAACGUGGAAGGUUUUGUGUCCAUGGGAAGCCCUGAGUCACACACGAACGACCAGAGAGAAUUGGAACUUGCGGUAGUUGCUCUGAAUGCGAUCCGCCACGUGCUGGACGGAGAUGAUAUUCUUGGAUCAAACAUUGCUUUCCAAAAGUAUAAACCACAACAGAUAAAGCUGCUGGAGCUUAUGCUGCAAUAUGGAGAUGAUCAGUAUGAUGAUUUUAGUCUCUCGGAUCGAGAACUGUUGAAAAGGUAUUUCAUUCAAACGAUCGGUGUUAUGAGUAAUGCCAACGGCAUAGAAUCUGUGUUGAAGACAUAUCAAAAAAUAAUAUCCUACCAGGAGUACGAAGAUUUGAAAAAGCAAAAAUCCAAGGAUGACGUUCAAUUUAGUGGAAUCGGGGUUCAAGCUGACUGGACUGUUUGUGAAUCGAAAAUGCUGCGGCUUGAUGUUGGAACCUACGAGCGCCAGUUGAUUACUUGCACCCAUGCCAGCGGGGUGCGUAAAAUGUUAGUUAAACUAGCGGGAACAAACCCGACUAAACCUUUGUGGAGUAUCAAUCCUAGCUGGUCGAUCCCUCUGUCCAUGAAGCAGCUAUUGGUGUCCUUGCAGCGGGGAUUCCUGCAAGACUUUGCCUACAUAUUGGUUGGUAAAUCUCGCGAGCUUGCAGCGAAGAAAGACUAUUCAGCAGCGAUUGCAUUGCUGACCUGUCUCAAAAGCGAAACGACGAGACCAGAGCUGGCGAACAAUCCCUUAGUACUAAAACUGGGAAAAAUGGCUGCUUGGGAAGGACUUUUAAUUCAAAUCCAGCAGGUACUGGACGAAUGGCCAAAAAAGCCAACCGAUCAGGUACAAUUCAUUCGAAACUGCAAACAAUGUCUUAACGCAAGCACAAGCAACGAUGUAGCUCCCCGCGCAAAGAUUCUCGAGCAUUGUGCCGCAAUUCUGUUGAAUUUGAACGACUGGAAUAGCCUCCUGACCCCAGAUAAACGGUAUCCUGCCUUGGAGCUCAGUGCUGCCAUUGCCCAAGCUUAUUUGGAUAUCGAAAAGUCCAAAGGUCAGAAGAAAACUAACCGCGAGGCAUGGGAUUUGAUUUUGCAAAUGUUCAUAAACCAGCAAGGCUCUCGACGACAUCCGUCAGAAAACAGCAUGCUGCUACAGCAAUUUUUCUGCAAACUGAGGGAUCCCGUGGUUAUUUCCAUUGUUCUAUCAUUGCUGUCUAAGUUGCAUAACAUUUUGAAAGAUGAAACCAAUUUAGACCUAAACGCAGAGUACAUGUUUCUUUGGCCGACAAAUGUGAAUAACCCAGCUAUCUACAAUCUCAAAAUACUAGACGAAACUCUCAACAACUUGUUACAUCAAUCGCUGAAAUAUUAUCCAAACAACAUUCCUUGGAUAAAGCUCAAAGGCGAUUUCGAAUUUGCGAAUGGCAAUUUCGAAGUUGCCAUGCGUUAUUACGUCACUGCUCUCGUGUCUGGCUCGGAAUUCUGCACGAUCCACCUACAGCGUCCGUUGAUCGACGACUUUAUUGUUCGGAGAAUGAUCAAGUGUAGUUCCAAUCUUGGCUGUUUCAUGCAAGCGGCUAUCUUGUGUCAAUUUUUGGACGAAACCGACUACGGGUUGGCAUUCAAGAGCGUCAGCGAGAAGACAUCAAGUUUCUCCGACGCCAUGGAUUCGUAUUACAGCUGCAUUUGGGAUCCCACUUUGUUGGAGUUUAUCGUCAACUGGCACUUCAAGAAAGGAGAACACAAACGACGGCUUCAAGCGAUAACAUACCUGGGACAGUUGGAACUCAACGCAAACAACAACGAGGAAAUAAAGCGCGAGGCUGCCGCAGCACGAAAAACACGUUUCCUUCGUUCAUUGGCCAGGCAAUACAUGCUAUAAGAAAAGUAGGAGAUUCGAAGGAAACUUACAGAAAGCACUGUGGUGAAUACAUAUGUUUAUUGAUGUAGGAAAAACGACAAAUAUAAA